GAGGGGGAGGAGGAGGCGCAGGUUUGCUUUCGGAAUCCAGAUCUGCAGCAGCAACAGCUCUAGGGCCUUACUCUCUUUCAGUUCUACAGCUUGAAACAAUGGAUACCUUCCUAUUCACAUCUGAAUCUGUGAACGAGGGUCACCCAGACAAGCUGUGCGACCAGAUCUCCGAUGCGAUACUCGAUGCUUGCCUUGAACAGGACCCCGAAAGCAAGGUAGCAUGCGAGACCUGUUCCAAGACUAACAUGGUGAUGGUCUUUGGGGAGAUCACUACCAAGGCCGACGUAGACUAUGAGAAAAUUGUGCGCGACACCUGCCGCACGAUCGGAUUUGUGUCCGACGAUGUGGGUCUUGAUGCUGACAACUGCAAGGUCCUGGUCAACAUUGAGCAGCAGAGCCCUGAUAUUGCCCAGGGUGUCCACGGACACCUCACCAAGCGCCCUGAGGAGAUUGGUGCUGGUGACCAGGGUCACAUGUUCGGCUAUGCCACCGAUGAGACUGAGGAGCUGAUGCCCCUUAGUCACGUCCUUGCCACCAAGCUUGGGGCUCGCCUUACUGAAGUUCGCAAGAAUGGCACCUGCUCGUGGCUGAGGCCCGACGGAAAGACCCAAGUCACAGUCGAAUACCACAAUGACAAUGGCGCCAUGGUCCCCAUCCGAGUCCACACUAUCCUCAUCUCCACCCAGCAUGAUGAGACCGUCACCAACGAUGAGAUCGCCGCUGACCUUAAGGAGCAUGUCAUCAAGCCUGUCGUCCCAGAGAAGUACCUCGACGAGAAGACCAUCUUCCACCUUAACCCAUCAGGGCGUUUUGUCAUUGGUGGCCCUCAUGGUGAUGCUGGCCUCACGGGAAGGAAGAUUAUCAUCGACACCUAUGGUGGCUGGGGAGCCCACGGUGGUGGUGCCUUCUCUGGUAAGGACCCAACCAAGGUGGACAGGAGUGGUGCCUACAUCGUCAGGCAGGCUGCCAAGAGCAUUGUCGCCAAUGGGCUUGCCCGCCGUUGCAUUGUCCAGGUCUCCUAUGCCAUUGGUGUUCCAGAGCCCUUGUCCGUCUUUGUGGACUCAUAUGGUACCGGAAAGAUUCCAGACAAGGAAAUCCUAAAGAUUGUCAAAGAGACCUUCGAUUUCAGGCCUGGGAUGAUUGCCAUUAGCCUGGACCUCAAGAGAGGAGGCAAUGGCAGGUUCUUGAAGACAGCCGCCUACGGUCACUUCGGCAGGGAUGACCCUGAUUUCACAUGGGAGGUGGUCAAGCCCCUCAAGUGGGAGAAGGCUUAAAAGCUUAAAAUUCGGUAGACGAGUGAUCAGACGACCCCUGCCAUUUCAGUGAUCAGCGCUCGCUUCGUUUACAGUCGGCCUUCAAAUAAUCUACUUGCCAU